CAACAACAUCACAAAACUUACACAUGUGGCAUUUAACACUUUGAUGAUGGUGGUUUAUUAUGUGAAAACAUUCAUAGUCAGACAUAUCAAGAUUUUCAAAAAUGUGGCAAUGGAAUUAAAAAAAUAUUAGUUUCAAACUAUAGAUCUAUCGUCACCUUCGGUUCAAGUUGCCAGUUUUACUUAUAUAUACAAUACACAGGGUAGACAAUUAGUAAAACUAAAAACAAAAUUUUGAAUGACAAUCCAAGCAUCAUUUGUAAACUUAAUGCAGUCCACUUUAAUAUACACUUAUUACCCAUCAUUAAUCUGUUUUGUGCUCAUGACUUCCUGUCCCUUUGAACAUUUCAAGUGGUUAUACCAGAAAAGCUGAAUUCCUUGUUACUGUUUCACAACUAUGCAAACUGACUGUAAAUUCCUGACUCAAUGAAGACUAUGUAAGCAGCCCUAUAUUACAAGGCAUGCUGGGAAAUACGUAAAUGGUGCAUUCAAGUGCUCCACGUUUGCUCCUUUUUCAGAAUGAAAUGAACAUGUGCAACUAUGUUUAAUUCCCUGGUUUAAAAGUUAAAUCAAGAAAAGUGAAAACAUAGGCCUACAAUAACAACACUUUUAUAAUUAACCAUAUCAUGAUUACAGGCAGAAGUGCAAUUCCCUCACAUUUGUUCUGACCUAAAACCAAACACACCAAACCCACACCUUAAACAUAAUUAUGUCAGGGAUGUCACUACGGAUUUUUUUUUUUUUUUUUUUUUUUUUUUUUUUUAAUAUUAUUGAUUAAUGUGCUGAUACUUUUCUCAAGUCACGAGGUGCCGUAUUGCCAGGGUUAAUUUUGUCUGAACUAUAGUCUUAAACCCAAACAUAUACUGUUUACAAUCAUGUAAGAAAAAUACAGUUAUCAAAUGCUCACAUUUGAGAAGCUACAACGGGGUUGACAUUUAAUUUUAUGUUGAUCACCUAAUCGUAUCAUUUGAGUGCCCAAUAGCCUUUUAACAUACUGCAAAUUAACCGUCUGUUAUAUUUACCAAACUGAUAAUUAUCUUACAAUGUAUCUCUAACUCACAAACGUGGCAAAGAGGGGGGGUCCAGUCGCCAGGCAUUUACCACUUUUUGGGUCAUUCAUGUGGACAGAGUGUGAUAUUUCCGACGGGCUGUGAACGCAGUGCACUUUCGCUGCGCUGACCUCUGACAGGCGCUCAUGGAUCCGCUCCCUCCUUUCACAAACACGGAAGCAGCAUGGCGUCCAACAGCAGCGGCGGCAGCUCCGACAGGCAGCGGAUCGCACAGCAAAGACUGAGGAUAAUUGCCGGGCAUUUACAGAGACCGGUGGACGGUGACUCGGCCAUCCUAGCCGCGGAGUGCAAAGCCCAGGGGAGUCAGCCAGAUGCUUCCAGUGAGGAGAAGACGGUGCCGAGGAGGAGGCAGGAGAUUAUGAAAUGGAAUGGUUGGGGAUACAGCGAUUCAAGAUUCCUCUUCAAUAAGAAAGGUCAAGCAGAAUUUACUGGCAAAAGGUAUAGACUAAGUGGUAUGAUCAUCCCUGGUCUGAAAGAUUGGUUUGAAAGCACCUUUGGAGCCAGUCUGCAGCAUAAAACCCCAGCAACACCCAUUCUGAAUAGCAGUGCUGUACAUCCUCCCACUCUUAACGAGACCUUCAUUGAGGAACUGAAAUCCACAGGUAUUCCUUUCUCUCAUGAUGCAGAGGACCGGGUGUUUCGUGCCCAUGGCCAUUGCUUACACGAGAUCUUUGCCCUCCGAGAAGGGAGAUUUGGUCGUGUUCCAGAUAUGGUAGUAUGGCCAAACUGCCACAAUGAUGUAGUGAAAAUUGUGGAACUCGCAUCCAAACAUAAUGUCUGUUUGAUACCAUAUGGAGGAGGGACUAGUGUCUCCAGUGCUCUCGAGUGCCCCAAAGAGGAAACUCGCUCCAUUGUCUCCCUGGAUACCUCACAGAUGAACCGCAUUCUGUGGAUUGACGAGAAAAAUUUAACUGCCCAUGUGGAAGCUGGCAUCGUUGGUCAGGACCUGGAGAGAUUGCUUAAUGAGAGUGGCUACUGUACAGGGCACGAGCCUGACUCCAUGGAGUUCAGCUCCCUGGGGGGCUGGGUAGCAACCAGAGCAUCAGGCAUGAAGAAGAACAUCUACGGCAACAUUGAGGACCUGAUCAUCCACGUAAAGAUGGUGACCCCUCGAGGUGUCAUUGAAAAGAGUUGUCAGGGCCCACGCAUGUCCACGGGCCCAGAUAUUCACCACUUCAUCAUGGGCUCAGAAGGAACCCUGGGUGUGGUUACUGAGGUAACGAUGAAGAUUCGUCCCAUGCCGGAGUAUCAGAAAUAUGGCUCGGUUGUUUUCCCUAAUUUUGAGCAGGGAGUUGCUUGUCUUCGAGAAGUUGCCAGACAGAGGUGUGCUCCAGCAUCUAUACGACUCAUGGAUAAUGAGCAGUUUAAAUUUGGUCAUGCCCUGAAGCCUCAAGUGUCUUCAAUUUUCACAUCUUUUUUGGACGGGUUGAAGAAAUUUUACAUCACCAAGUUCAAAGGGUUCGACCCCAACCGCUUGUGUGUGGCCACCCUGCUGUUCGAGGGAGACCGUGAGAAGGUUCUGCAGCAUGAGAAACAAGUUUAUGACAUUGCUGCAAAAUUUGGGGGCCUGGCAGCUGGAGAGGACAAUGGGCAAAGGGGCUACAUGUUGACCUUCGUCAUCGCUUACCUCCGGGACUUGGGGAUGGACUACUAUGUGAUCGGGGAGUCCUUUGAAACCUCUGUGCCUUGGGACAGGGUGUUGGACAUUUGCCGGAAUGUAAAGGCGCGCAUCGUUCGAGAGUGUAAAGAGAAAGGAGUGCAGUUUCCACCGUUAUCCACAUGCAGGGUGACUCAGACGUACGACGCUGGUGCCUGUGUCUACUUUUACUUUGCCUUCAACUACAGGGGACUCAGUGAUCCAGUACAUGUGUAUGAACAAGUGGAGCAUGCAGCUAGAGAAGAAAUCCUUGCCAAUGGAGGAAGCUUGUCACAUCACCAUGGAGUGGGGAAACUUCGGAAGGAGUGGAUGAGAGAGACCGUCUCCAAUGUCGGCAUGGGGAUGCUCAAGUCUGUCAAAGACUUUGUGGACCCCAAUAACAUCUUCGGCAACAGGAACCUCCUCUAAUAUCCCGCUCCUCUCCAUCUGUAUCUCACCUUUUUCUAAAAGCAUCUUGUGCGUUUUGGAUUAAUAGAUACUAAAAGUGAAUUUAAAAUGGACAGAGAUUUUGUCUUUUUCAUCAUUAGUGUAAUUCAGUGCCAUUUACUGAUUCACCCAAACCUUUUUCUUUUACAUUAUAUUGCACUUAAUAUGCUGUAACAAUCUUUGUCGUUCAUGUUGAAGCUCAUUUCUGCUGUUGUGUCGUGGCCUCAGCUUGUUGGAGCGGCAGCCACGAUGCAUCCUGACAUGAUGCAACAAAACCUUGAUUUUUUUUUUUUGUCAUAUUUGCUUUUGUUUAACCUCUUCCUAAAAAUCCUUGCCAACAUAGUUUACCCUUAAAUUUGUUUUUAUUUUUCUCAUGUGUGUGUGUGGUUGUGUGUGUGUGUGUGUGUGUGUGUGUGUGUGUGUGUGUGUGUGUGUGUGGUGUGUGUGUGUGUGUGUGUGUGUGUGUGUGUGUGUGUGUGUGUGUGUGUGGCACUUCUUUAGUGGUAAGUUCUAGAUGAAUGCGCUCUCUAAAGCCCUGUGCCUUUCUAAAGCUUUUGUCUGCCUUCCUCUUCUCCUACUGCACACUCUGGUGUACAGUGAGUCCCUUUGUGAAGCUAAACAGACUUGGACAUGAUGGUGUCAGUGUCUCCUGUUUGUCUUUUUCAUGCCCUCAUGCCUUUUGUUGUAUUGACCUAUUGCCAUAAGAGACUUUCUCGUCUACGUGUGCGUGUUCCUCUACUGACCAACUUGUUCCACUAAAAACUCCACAGCCCCACCAAAAAGUAAUAACCCUUAGAAUUACAGUAUGAUUACAAAGAGAGAUAAUCCUUGUGUGUUUAGUUUUUGUACUGAAAUGGUUUUCCUUGCAUGGUUUGUUACUGAGAAAGUGACGUGGGAAAAAAAAGCCAUCGCGUUUUUUCGAUCAUGCCUGCUUCAGUCUGACCGUUUUUGCAAUUUAAGGCCUCUGGAUCCCGGUGCUCACGUUGUACCAAAGACUCAACACAUCAGACCAUAUAAACAUUACUAUAAACAUCUGUCUGAUUAUGUAACCGCCACCUUCACAUACAUUCAAAUCAUGCACAGCUAAAGUAGAUUUUUUUUUUUUUAAUCCACAUAUGCAAAGACGACCCUUCUGAGAGAUAUGAAAUGUCGAUAUUUGUGACUGUUACAUGUGCUAAAACUUUCUAUUAAACUCUACUACAUCAUGUUUCCUACGUUAAAGACACUGUAUUGAAUUGUUUCUGCUCCAUAUAAUUGGUUGUUCUUUGUUGUUAAUUGUUAUUGUAUCUAUAUUAUGUAAGAGGCUUCUGGAAUGGAUACUGUAAUGUACUACAAUUUGAUACCAGACUUGUAUCAUUUAACUACUCGUUUUGAAGCCAAGUUUAGCUUUAAGAGAGCUGUCUGCUUUUUUUUCCUUCUGAUCUGUGCUUUGCAUUUUUCACAUUUUCCUGGACCACCAUGUCCUUUUAAUUCUUAAUAUUCCCCCAAAGAAACAGAUUCGUUUGGGAUCCACUCACCAUCUGAUAUUUAACCUUCCGUGUCAAAAAUGUGUGAGAGCUUUUGAAUGUUAUGGACGUACCUGUUUUUUUUUUUUUGUUGUUGUUAUUUUCCACUUCUCUUAACAAUGUAGUAACAUCCAAGUACAUUUUGUCAACGCUGUUUGUGCAAUAAAUUGAACUAAAACAUC